AAACCGUGUACGUAGAGAGAAAGAAAUAGUUGCCGUGGGAUAUUUCUCUCUUUGUUUAACUGAUUUGUGAUUGGUUAAAAUUAUUUUCCCGUCUUUUUUUAUCUUACAGUAGGAAGAGACGGGAAUGUAUCAUGAUACCCUCUCUCUUGUCCCACAUCUGUUUCUUUUCUUCCUAUUGGAGUGCCAGCUUCCAGUAUAUAUUAUAGUUCACGUGGACCGCAUCUCACGCGUAUGUAUGUACGCGUUCCAUAAGUUGGCUGGCGAUACGCUGGAGCCGGGAUCAGCCAACGCAAGCCGGCGAGUGGCGCGACAUGAUUCAGUCAUUCAUGGUCAUUCAGUGCAGUCCAUUGGGAGAAGUCGCAAGAGGAUGAAGCUCAUUCUACCACUCGUGAUUUUCGGAGUGUGCACAUGUUAUGUUGACAAUGAUAAGAUCAAGAUUAAUGAGAUCGACAGUGACAGAUUGAUACCGCGUGAAGUGCAACGCGUACGCAAUACUACGCUCGCUGAGAUCUUCGAAAACGCAGUCCAAGCUUAUCUCGAGGAAGAGUGGGACAGCUGCGUCGCGGGAUUUAAUGAUGCUCUGCAUGGAUAUAAAAUGUAUAAACGCAUGGUGACGAUUUGCCGGCGAAAAUGUAAAGCCGAGGCGUCAGGUUCCUCGCCGAUUUUUGCGGAAGAUAUCGAAGAUUUGCACUUUUACGAGAGAAAAGUGAGGGAAACACUUUGUCUAAUGAAAUGUAAUCAAGAUUAUCGAGAGAUUGCUGGUGCGGGAGCUCUUAAACGACUCCCACAUACCACGGAGAGAAAAUUUGUUGAUCUUGCUAUCUACGAGUAUCUUCAUAUCUGUUAUUUUCAGAAAGAAAGGUAUCAAGAUGCAGCGAAUGCAGCUUUCACCUUUUUGUCCCGACAUCCCGAUCACGAAAUGACUAUGAAGAAUCUAAAAUACUACUUGAAUCUGCCCGAUGUCAGUGUGAAAAAGGUUAAAAAUUUAGAAGAAUAUCCUUUUAUACGAAAGUACAUUCGAGGGGUCCAGGCCUACGAAAAUGAGUAUUACGCGGAAGCUGUGACCGAACUUGAGAGUUCAAUCGAAUCUUACAUAGAAUCCGAGGAGGAAUGCAGGUUUUAUUGCGAGGGUCCCUUCGAUCAAGGAUGGUAUCCUGAGUUUACCUCUUCGAUAGCAAAUCACUUUGCGUUCUGUCUGAAGUGCAAACGUGGAUGUUCGCUUGCGUUAAACAACGUGAAUGGUAAAUUUCAGAGUGAUUUACUCAGAAGUCAUUAUGAUUACUUAUAGUUCGCUUAUUAUAAACUUGGUAAAUUAAAAGAAGCAUGUGCAGCAGUUGCGAGUUACUUAUUAUUUUUACCUGCCGACGAGACAAUGCUUCAUAAUAAAGACUAUUACAGCGCUCAACCGAAAGUAAAAGAAGAGUACUUCACGCCAAGAGCGGAAGCGAUUUCCUAAAACGGCAAGAAUAUGAGCUAAUGCUACUGUAUUAUAUAUCGGAGGAGUUUGCAAAAAUCGAAACCAGAUUUAAUGAAUACAUCAAAAAGAUAAAUAUUAAUGAGGUCAACGAGCAGGAAUUAAAGGAGGUAAAAGACGAGACAAAUUAUCAGGACGAUGAACGAAUAAACCACAACUUCACAUAUCGUACUUGAACCGCUCAGCUCAAAAUAAUUGAUGAACUUUGGAUGACUACUUAAGACUAAUCUUGCAUCCUCUUCCGGAUUAUUUGUCGAUUACUUGAAUGCGAUUCAUGGGUAAUCUAUCAGCAUUCCAAGACAAAGAGGAGAUCAAAAUACAAAAUGAUUGUGUGAUGGAAUAGCUGGGAGUCACGGACAAUGUGCGAUUGAUAGCAGGAACAAAUGAGCUUGGAAAAAAACCGCUAUGUGAUUGACGGUCUCCUCAGUUUCAUUGAUUGCAAUUUGCUGAUGCAGCACGCUCAGAAUGUUGAAACAUAUCUACGAUAGAGCACGAUAGUGUUACGUUCAGUCUUAAAGAAAAAAUGAUUAAGGAAAAGUUGGAAUAUAAGGAAUAUAAGGAAGACAGGGAAAGACGGAACAGAAUCCUUAAACUCGUGGUCGUACUAGAAUUAGACGGAUGUACGACACGAGGGCGAAUGCACUUUGAUGGGAGAAAACGAGACGUAACUGACGCGACGUGACCUGACGUGACGUUGGGUAAGGCAGAGAAAAGCCGUAAGACUUGUUGUGUUGAAUGUAUGAUGAUCUAUUAAGUGCGCGGAGAGACGAGAGAAAAGUGAGCUCAAGAGCCACGCAGGAUGUCGGGUGCAAAUAAAUAGCAAAAAACUCCAAUGUCGGGCAAACGUUUCGACCUUUAAUGACGGUCUUCCAAAAAAUUCCACUAUUUUGAUGCAGAAUAAUAUUGCAUUAGAAUAACUCGCUACAUGCAGCGAGCAACUACAUCAACUACAAUUUACUCAUUAAGCUGUACAGUUGCAUUCUUUUUCGGUCUUCUAAUCUUAUUUAAAUAUUUAGUUAUUUUGAAAGUGAUACAAGAACAAAAAUGUCAGAUCAUUCUCAAUAUUGCCAAAUUCUUGAUGAUUUACUUGAAACCAGCACAGAUGAUUGCGAUCAGGCAGGAUAAUUGCGAUCCUGUAUUUAUUAAUGUUGAAGAAAAGCAAGGCGAUGAACUUCUAAUCGAACUAUACUGAGAGCGAAUAUUUCUCUAUGAUAAAAGUGACGCCAAUUAUAAAAACUCUUUGAUGAAAGAAAAUGCUAUAGAUAGAAAUAUCCAAAAUAAUGACUGAAACUGAUUGUGGUAAUAAAUUAUACUUAUAAUUGUGACAUGUAUACUCCAUCCUAUUGUCGAAAAAGAUGCAUCUCAUUAAGGGACCAAUGUAACAGAGAGAAAAGAAAGCUAGAAAUUCAAUCUAAAAGUGAAAGUGGUAAGCUACACAAAUUGCACAAUAUCUGAACCAGUAAUUAAUGAAGAUGAUGACUUGUUACAAAGUGUUGCAAGUUCAUUAAACAGCGUAAAUAAAAGUGUAAACAAGCAGCAUAUUGAUAACAAAAAAUAUUUUAAUAAAGAAAACGUUGCACUGAAAAAGUUGCACUGAAACACAAAAGGUGGAAAGUCGACGAAUCAAACGAGUUAGAGCAAUCAUUAGCUCAAAUGACCCAAAGAAUUUCAUCAUAUAUGGAAAACAAGUCUUUAACGGCAGAUAACGCUUUCAUGGAAUUUAUAAAAGUACAAUUUGGCACUAUUCCAGAAAAGGAAAAAAAUGCAAAACGAAAGAUGAUUAUGAAUGCUCUUACGAUGCCAUUAUCAGAACAAUAAGGAUCAUUUAAUUUAAGAAAUCUAAAUAGGGUGUAACUGAAAAACAUACAUGAAGUAUACCACGGGAUACAGGAUAAGAAUCCAAAUCGAAGAAUUUCUCGCCAUUUUUUGAUCUGGGGUUUUUGUUCAUAGUUAUACAGUAUUAAAGUUUGCUAAUCCUCCUCCGUCUAUACACGGCUUAUUUGCAAAUUUUAAUACUGCAUAACUAUGAACAAAUAAGGUUCAAAUCAAAAAAUAAUUUGAGACUUUUGACGUAGGUUUUUGUCCUAUAUCUCGUAGCAUACUUCAUGUACACCCGAGGACUUUAAUUCUGUCCAUGGGGAAAUUUUCCAAACUGAGAAAUCACCACUUUCUACAUACUUGCAGUUUAUGGUUAAUGAAACGACUAGAGCUUAUUGGUUGUUAUGUUAAUCAUAAACUGUAAGUAUGUAGAAAGAUAGCUACUUCUCAAUUUGAAAAAUUUUCCCAUGGACAGAAUCAAAGUCCUUGAGUGUACAUUUUCUUAGUUACACCGUCUAUAUAUUAUGUUGACAGUACAAAUACAAACAUUAAUUUCCUUUUUUUUGUUAUAAAGAUAUAACAUUAUGUUUAAUUUUGAAUUUUUUUUGAGAGAAGAAAGAUUGUCAUAGAUAUGCUUAUUAUGCCAUUAUUAGAACAAUAACGAUUGUAUAUUUUAAGAAAUCUUAUUUCGACAGUGCAAAUAGACAUUGUUUUCAGAUAUCAAUCUCACGCCAUGCUGUUUUACACAAUCCUACUGAUAUCCAGCUCCAUAGUUUUUGUGACGCAUCCCAGACUCCUUAUGGGGCCUGCGUUUAUGUCCGUUCUACCAAUAAGACUGGAAUAAUCAAGGUUCAAUUGCUGGCAGCAAAAUCACGAGUGGCACCCUUGAAGAUUAGUCUGCUACGGCUUGAACUAUGCAAAGCAAUACUUCUUGUUACUCUACGCGACAAGAUAUCUCCAGUUUUUAGCUGCACAAUUUCAAAACGCUAUUUGCUGAACAGACUCUGAGAUUGUGCUAGCAUGGAUUCAAGGCGAACCAUCGAAGUAGCAAGUUUUUGUUGGUACCGCAUCGCAGAAAUUCAGCAAUUAACAGACAAAUAAGAUUGGUCACACGUACGAUCAGAAGAUAAUCUAGCUGAUAUAAUUUCAUGUAGGAUUCUACCGGCACAAUUGCUUGAUGCAACAUUGUGAUAGGAAGGACCGCUUUGGUUAAAGGAAAACUCAUCACGAUGGCCAACACCUUCAAUGUCAAUACCAAGAGACAUACCUGAAACACGUACUCAACCAAUCGCUUUACUUUGUGUCAAGGAUUCAUUCGAUAUUAUUAAUCGAUAUUUUUCAUUAAUCCAGUUAAAACAAGUCGUCGCAACUUAUAUAAGAUUUGUAACAAAUUGCAAAUUAUCCAAAUCAAAGUCUUUGCUGAUUCACGGACCACUCACCGUUGACGAGCUUCAAAGGGCUAUGAUCGUGUUAACAAAGAUUCAUCAACUAAAGGCGUUCCAAUGCGAAUUGCGCAAUCUGCAACGAGACAAGGCGGUUGAGCCACACAGCAAGAUUCUCUCACUAAACCCUUUCCUGGAUCAGAACGGAUUACUCCGGGUUGGUGGCCGGCUGAAGAAUGCUCCCUUGUCCUACUCACAAAGACAUUAUAUACUCUUAUCUUCACAUGACGCACUGACUGACCUGAUUAUACGCGAUCAACACUUAAUUUUCACACAGGUCCUUAAACGUUGUUGACAAUACUUUGUGAAACUUUCAGGAUAAUUCAUGCAAAACACGCGAUAUAGCGUGUACUGAGUAAAUGUGUUCUAUGUUUCCGAACGCGACCACGUAACUCGAUACAACAGAUGGGCAGUUUACCAGCGUCCAGGGUCACUUCAUCUAGAGCGUUUUACCACACAAGUGUUGAUUACGCAGGCCCUUUCAAUGUCAAACUGUCAAAGAAAUAAAUCGAGUAAGGCUUAUGUAUGUUUGUUUGCAUGGCCACCAAAGCCAUACAUAUUGAGUUGGUCUCUGAUCUUACCACUGAGAUGUUCUUGAACGCGUUAAAACGAUUCAUUUCUCGACGAGGAAAACGCAACUCUAUCUUGUCUGACAAUGGCAAAAAUUUCUUAGGAGCUAGCAACGCUCUACGACAAAUGGAUGAAUUUUUAUCACAAUCCGAACAUCAAACAAAGAUUAUAAACUUUGCGGCCGACCAUGGAAUUUCUUGGAAAUUUAUUCCGCCUCACUGCCUUCAUAUGGGAGGAUUGUGGGAAGUUAACGUUAAAUCUAUAAAAACGCAUCUCAAAGCUGUAAUACAUGAAACACUCUUAUCGUUCGAAGAAUUGUACAUUGUUCUUGUUCAAAUAGAGGUAAUACUUGACUCGCGACCCUUGUGUCCUUUGAGCAGCACUCCGGAUGAGUUGGCAGUGUUACUACUAGACAUUUUUAAAUUGAAACAUCUCUUUUGGCUUUGCCGGAAGAAUCAAUGUUAGACGUUCCUUUGAAUCGUCUCAAUCGCUAUCAAUUAGUAACACAGUUACAACAGUCAUUUUAGAGACGCUGGUCAAAAGAAUAUGUUGCUCUGAUGCAAUAGCGUAUGAAAUGGAAAUCUUCAAUGCGUAACGACGAAAUCGAAGUAAGCAAACUAGCUUUAAUUCGCGACAAAAAUUUACCUCCAUUAAAAUAGCGUACCGGUAGAAUAUAAGAAACUCACCCCGAUAAAUUAGUAAGUGUCUUUGAAAACUACCGGCGGAAUUAUUCAGCGUUCAUUACCCAAGAUAUGCAUAUUACCUGUUAAUUAACGACUGCGUUUACUACUUAAGUUUAUUGCAUUAGGGUUUAUUUAUUUGUUGCAAACCACACAAAUCACACCAUUUAUUAUUUUAUGUUCAGUUGUUGAAGUGAUACUUCAAGGUGGCCGGAAUGUAUGAUUUUGUAACACAAACUUUUGAUUUCGUAUUUUAACCACGCGUAGUCUAUGCCUAUGCUCUAGCGUUCGACGUCACGUAAGAGGGCGUCGGUCUUACACUAAAACCUGUUCUACAAUAGCAAUAAACACAAGACGUAAGGUUGUAAUGUAAGAAAUAAAAAGGUUUUAUUCACUUACAAGCUCUUAAAACCCGCCUUACAACCUUACGGUCUUGUAUUCUACUGCUAUUGUAGAACAGACUUAAGUCUCACACAGAACACGCACGCACGCACGAAGCGUCGUGUAUAGCAUUAUACACACAUACAGAAUAAAGCAAGUAAUCGAGUUUAGUUUAA